CUCGCCCCGCCAUGAGGGCUGGCAUGGCCGCCGCCGCCCGUCCUGCCCCCAUCGCCGCCAAUGUCGCCGGCUACGCUACGCUCCGUGAGAUCGAGGGCCGUCUCAAGUCGAUUCGCAACAUCGAGAAGAUCACCAAGACCAUGAAAGUUGUCGCCUCCACCAAGCUCACCCGCGCCCAGAAGGCCAUGGUCACCUCGCGUACUUACGGUCAGACCUCCAACGCUGUCUUCGAGAGCGCCGAGACCAAGCCCGUCGACAACGGCAACAAGACACUGAUCGUCGUCUGCUCCUCGGACAAGGGUCUCUGUGGUGGUAUCCACUCCGGUAUGUCGAGGAGGGUCCGCAAGAUGCUCCUCGACGCUCCCAACGCCGACAUCGCCGUCAUUGGUGAGAAGUGCAAGGCCCAGCUGUCCCGUUCCAACGGCAAGAACUUCGUCCUCAGCUUCGCUGGUGCCGGGAAGGACAUUCCUACUUUCGCCGACGCCUCCGCCAUCGCCGACCAGAUCUCGCUCCUCUCCACCGACUACGCCUCCAUCCAGAUCGUCUACAACAGCUUCAUCAAUGCUGGUUCUUACGAGGCUACCGUCCAGGAGGCUUACUCGCAGGAGGCCAUCACCCAGUCUGCCAACUACUCCGCUUUCGAGAUCGAGGACGAGGCUCUCCCUAACCUCCGCGAGUACGCUCUUGCCAACUCGCUCUACUGGGCACUUGCUGAGGGUCACGCCUGCGAGCAGUCCGCGCGCCAGAACGCUAUGGACAAUGCCUCCAAGAACGCUGGUGACAUGAUCAACAAGUUCCAGAUCCUCUACAACCGUACCCGUCAAGCCGUCAUUACUGGCGAACUUGUCGAGAUUAUUACUGGUGCGGCUGCUUCCGAGAGCUAGACGCGAUAAUGGUGGUAAACUAGAUAUCCGGACCAUUUGGCUCAGGUUGCGCCGUGUAGAAUAAGUACUGUUCAUAGCUCAUUUGUCACCUGCUAAGCAACUGCAAGCCCAUUCCCACGGUACGCGUGUAUUGUGCCUUUUGCGUUGCUCAAGACCGAAGUUCUUGUCCUAUCAGAUGCCAGAAGAAUUGGCUACAACUGUAGAAUCAUUGUGCCACCAGACGACCUGUCAGGUUGCGAGAUAUUCGCAGAUCAAUGUCGAAGACCUUCCAAAUCUCCAGGACUUCGUGACCUGCAGUCGCUCUUUGGUGCUGCCGGAGAGUCAUCUUACGCCCCCGUUGCUCUGACUGCUUUCGAGACUGCUGCUUGUCUAUUUUUCCAAACAUGUCCUCUUGCG